CUCAUUUAUAAAAUGUUGGCAUUUAGAAUCAUACAUGCUUCAGCUUCAGUUUCUAAAGCAAAACUACAGCCAAAAAAGGCCUUACCUCGUGUCUUUCCUGCUUCUUCUGUUUCAUCUACAUCAUCCACCAAUGCAUCGCCUUAUUCCUCUACAACAUCCAUAGCACAUACGCCAUUGACUGGAGUGUUUGCGGUUAACAAACCUACAGGGUUGACUUCGACCACAAUUGUUGAUUACUUGCAGCAUGUUUGUCGAGAGAAUCGAGCUCAUCCUUUUGUACAACGCGUCCUGGAGCUGGACCCCUCGAUACGCGCUAAAAAACGCGGAAUGGUCAAAAUUGGGCACGGCGGAACAUUGGAUCCUUUGGCAAGAGGCAUAGUAGUUAUAGGAAUGGGUGCAGGAACCAAAAAAUUACACAAGUUGACAUUGUCCUCGAAAGUCUACAUUGCAGAGGGUCGGUUAGGAUUUAGCUCUACGACGUUGGAUUCCACAGGAUCGUUAGUAAGCACUGGACCUACAGAUCAUAUCACAAAGGAAGCUCUGUUACAGGCAUUGCACGCCUUCAAAGGAGAGAUUUCACAGACACCACCAUUAUACUCUGCACUAAAUAUGGAUGGAAAGAGAUUAUAUGAUUAUGCUCGCGAAGGUCUUGCAUUACCACGAGAGAUUCCAUCCCGAAAAGUUCAGAUUCAUGAGUUAGAUUUGUUGUCCUUUCCAGAUGGCACGACCGUUCCAGAUCCUUCCUUAGAAAAAUAUGGGUUCCGAUACGGAAGCACCACAGAACCGAAUUUGAGCAAGUUGCAUUUCCCCAUUGGAUUUCAACCAAAACCCAUUACCGACGGUACAGGAUCUGGUUCAUAUUCCGGUCAUGUUCCUAUCCCGCCAUCACCUCAAGGCCUGUUCUUCCAUAUUCGAAUCCGUUGUUCCUCAGGGACGUAUAUCCGAACAUUGAUUGCAGACAUUGCAUCUCGUAUGGGCACUGUUGGGCAUAUGACGGAUCUGUUACGAGUAGAGCAAUCUGGAUUCAAGUUGGGAGAUAAGGACGUGACUCUGGAGUUGAAAGACUGUGAGGAUAUUGAACGCGUGGAUCAGGCUAUCCAAGCUGGAAGCCGUAUAUCAAAUUAAUAAAAAGAAUAGAAG